CUGCCAGUCAUCGAACGGAUAACAGCUCACCCUGGCAAGUUUCAAUUGGAUUGACUUCAAUCCCUUCAGAAAGAUUCCCAGUUCAUAUCUGAUAUUCUUUCAGGCCUCCCUUUCCACGCUCGGUAUUUCUCCAACUUAGUGCAUUUUUUUGGUUCUCUUUUCUUUGCUUUUCUUUAUUUCUUUACUUUUUUUAGAGCAUAACCCAGUACUUCACCAAUCCCCUACAACUUAUUACAAGUCACCACAGUCCUCAAAUCGAUUUAUCUGCUGUUGUCUUCUAACUUGUUUUCAUAAUGCUGUUAUCCCGAAAUGCAGCCAGGGCUCUCCGCAACAUGGGUUUACAAUUGCGACAAUCUUCUUCCGCAAGUGCUGCAGGCCCGCGCCACCUGCUCUCUGUAGCAGACCUGACACCCUCUGAGUUUACAACACUUGUCCGCAAUGCCUCGACACAUAAACAUGCCAUGAAGUCUGGUUCGAUACCAGAAUCGCUUAACGGGUCACUGUCACGCAAAACUAUCGCCAUGAUGUUUUCCAAACGAAGUACUCGAACCCGCGUUUCAACAGAGGCAGCGGUGGUCUCUAUGGGCGGACACCCGAUGUUUCUAGGGAAGGACGAUAUCCAGCUUGGCGUGAAUGAGUCACUUUACGACACAUCAGUAGUAAUAUCUUCGAUGGUGUCCUGCAUCGUGGCCCGGGUUGGCCCACAUUCCGAUAUCGCGGAACUCUCCAAACACUCGACGGUGCCUGUCAUCAACGCUCUCUGCGAUACGUUCCACCCAUUGCAAGCUAUCGCCGAUUUCCUGACUAUCCAUGAAGCUUUCCCGCCUCCGCAAAACGUUACUCCGUCGAAUUCUAGUCUCGGCCUUGAGGGACGAAAAAUUGCCUGGGUUGGAGAUGCAAACAAUGUUUUAUUUGAUAUGGCAAUCGGGGCUACCAAACUUGGCGUUGACAUGGCUGUCGCGACGCCCAAGGGCUAUGAAAUGCCUUCGCAUAUUAAGGACCUUAUCCAAAAAGCUCGAGGGGGAGUCAAGUCCCCAGGAAACAUUACUCACACUUACAUUCCGGAGGAAGCCGUCAAGGAUGCAGACAUUCUUGUGACAGACACUUGGGUGUCUAUGGGACAGGAAAUUGAGAAAGCAAAGCGAAUCAAAGCUUUCGAAGGUUUCCAGAUCACCUCUGAUCUAGCAAAGCGUGGGGGUGCUAAAGAGGGCUGGCGAUUCAUGCAUUGUCUUCCUCGACACCCCGAGGAGGUGAGCGACGAAGUGUUCUACGAUAAGAGUCGGUCCCUGGUAUUUCCCGAAGCAGAAAAUCGAUUGUGGGCAGCGAUUUCAGCAUUGGAAGCGUUUGUAGUCAACAGGGGCCAAAUCCUAUAACACAUACCAGUCUUCCGAAAUGAAAAGUAGCCGUUAUACAUUACUUAAAUCCAUCCACAUUCUUCUGG